GCUCCAGGAGGAGGUGAAGCGCGAGAGAGAGUGGGAGUGAAGCCGGCUGGAGGCGCUCGGGUUCAGCAUCACUUCUCAAAGUUUCUCGCAGACUCUGUUUGUGUAUGAGCGCCGCUUCGGAACUCGAUUUCUCACAGACUGCCGCCUCAGCGCUCCGCAGCCGUCACACGGAUCGUUCUCUCCGGUUUCUAGGAUGUUAUCCAGCCAGACCGGAGCGGCUCUGAGUGGAGCCGGAUCAGCGGCGGGGAAGAGCGCAGGCCACGGCGCGGUGCUGAUGGGCGCCGGGGUCCGCACAGGGUUCGCGCGGGGACUGGGGCCGCUGCAGGCUGGAGCGAUGGGGCUCGGGAUGCCCGGGAGGUUCGAGCCGGAUAGAGAGGGUCCCCCGCACGCGUGCAGCGGCUCCGACGCGGACUCUGACUCCGGCGAUGAGGACGAGCCCAUGGGGUCAGUCGGGGACAACCGGAGGGGAGGCGGCGUCAAGCGGGAGAGAGCGGAGAUGGAAGCCGCGAUAGUGGGACCUGAGGCCGGCUUGCCCUCCGCGGCGCUCGCGGCUGGAGCGGCCGGAGCGAAACCGGGCAAGAAGACCCGCGGCAGAGUGAAGAUAAAGAUGGAGUUUAUAGACAACAAACUGCGACGGUACACGACCUUCAGCAAGAGAAAGACGGGCAUCAUGAAGAAGGCGUACGAGCUCUCCACGCUCACGGGAACUCAGGUCCUGCUGCUGGUGGCCAGCGAGACGGGGCACGUCUACACGUUCGCCACGCGUAAGCUGCAGCCCAUGAUCACCAGCGAGACGGGCAAAGCUCUGAUCCAAACCUGCCUGAACUCCCCGGACUCUCCGCCGCGCUCCGACCCGUCCACGGACCAGCGCAUGAGCGCCACGGGCUUCGAGGAGACCGACCUCACAUACCAGGUGUCCGAAUCUGAGAGUCUGGGAGAAACCAAGGUGAGUCUGCGGCUCUUCAGAAGUGGAGAGCGAAUGAGACCCGGUCGGAGCGUUAAACUGAGGAAUCGAGAGUCCAAGGUCCAAAUGAGCCGCUGUUUAAACAAACCACAGAACGUUGAGUCUGAAAUCCAGCAGCGUCAGAUCCUAAAGAUCCCACAGGAUCAUCCCUACGGAAUAUCUGUGAUUGAGUCAGGAGACGGACAGGACCGCUCUCCGUUUGCUCCCGGGACUCCUGCGAUUCCUCUCGGUCAGAGCAUCACAGCGUCCUCGUCACCGCAGGGUCAGCAGGCCGUGUUCCGUCUGCCGGCCGCCGUCUCGCUCACCGGUGGAGCGAUGCCGCAGCAGCUCCAGUCCAGCUCCAUCAGCACCAGCUCCAGCAGUCCGGAGAUCUCUCAGAGCAGCACAGCCUCCACAGUCAGUCUCCCAGCAACCAUCGUCACGUCAUCAGUGCCCACCUCCAUGACCGGUCACAUGAUGUAUUCCAGCCCACACACGGUCAUGUACGCAUCAGCGCCCACGCUAGCAGACGGGAGCCUAGCUGUGCUCAACGCCUUCACACAGGGAUCCACUGCCAUGCAGGUGUCACACACACCGACUCAGGACAUGGGCGGUGUUCCUCAGGUGUUCCUCACAGCUCCUCCCGGUACGGUUCAGAUUCCCGUCUCGGCGGUGCAGCUUCAUCCAAUGGUGAUUGGUCAGCAGUCCAGCGGCAGCAGCAGUAGCCUGACCGAGCUUCAGGUCGUCAAUCUGGACGCCUCACACAACGCCAAAAACGACUGACCGCGCCACCAGAGACUGACGCCGCUAUUUAUUAACGCCUUUCUGAGACUGCCCUUUAUACAUGUGAUUCUACAGUUUCUACUGUAGACGAGACUGUAGAGGAUGAUCGUUCCUCCGCAGCACAGUCAGUGAUGAAGUGUGAGAGUGUGUGAGUGUGUGUGUGUGUGUGUGUGUGUGUGUGUGUGUGUGUGUGUGUGU